CCUUCUCACCAAUCCUGCAAACAUGAAGUGCUUGGUGUUUGUCUUCCUGGUGGCUGCCGCUUGCGCUUCUGAAGUGGAGAAGCGAGAGGCGGAGCCAAGCACAGGCUAUCCUUUUCCUCCUUAUGGUAGCCACCACAGCCCCCACUACCAUGCUGGUCGUUACCAUCCUCUUCACAAGAGGUCAGCUGAACCUGAGGCAGAGGCCAAACCUUCUAACCUUUACUAUCCUAGCUAUUCCACCAACUACCGUUACAGCUACCCAUCAUACCAUCACUACAAGAGAUCUGCUGAACCCAGUUACGGUCCCAUCAAUUUCCACCACCACUCCUCCACCCCAUACCAGCACAUCUAUACUCCCUACGUGAACCACACCCAUAAGAGGUCAGCCGAGCCCUCUACCACCUACCACCACUACAACCACCACUAUACCCCCUACGUGCACCAUCCUCACAAGAGGUCUGCCGAAGCUAAGCCUACAUACCAUAUUCCUUUCGACCUACCAUUACCAUGGAGUCACCUCCGGUCACGGCUUCCAUUACCGUUACUGAGCACUAAUAGCUUUGAAGCCAAUGUGUCCAUCAUUUGA